AUGCUCAUCCCGAUCGACGCCGCGAACUCGCUCCUCCAAUCGGUCGUUCGAUGGGGUUGGCAAGAGCAGAUUCUGAUGUGUCGUCUCCACCACGGUGCGAUCUUGGCGGGUUUGAAAAAAUGCCUUCGCGGGGCCUUUCACAUGCGCCCAAGGGCCUCGUCGGACGCCUCGGGGGUCUCCACGCGAGGGGAACCGGAUAUGAGGCUGUUUAUAGUGAGCUCGGCGAGUGGGAAUCAUACCAGCCAACGGGUUGAGAUCACGUCGGAGGGGGAUAUAUGGAAAGGCGGCUUCACCUCGCUAACCCUUACAAACGCCAUCUGGGAAGUGGAAACCUCUGGGAUAUGCCCCCCUGACAGCCCGCAACAAUUUAGUAAAGAGAAUGAUCAUGAAAUCCCCUCCGGUAGUAACUCUUCCGUGUAUGUGGAAGCGGAUACAGUGAGUCUUUUGAAGUUUCUAGCUAAAUUCAUCCGAAUCUUGUUGGGCGCAAGCUUUACCAUCGCUCAACUCACAAGAUUACUUCGCCGCUGUGAUAACAGUGUGAAUCAGGUAUGCCUUAGUGCAACCACAAAGCGAACCGAUACGCUGUCAUCACUCGAGAAAAAUUCGAAUGAAGUGAUAACGAAUCCUUCUGAAUUGUUGGUAAAACUUCGUGCCUACUUUGGCCUCGAUGAAGAUCACAACAACGCUAACGAAGAAGUAAAAAUACGACUUUCUUCGGUAUGUGCUGCUGUUUAUGCGGAAAAUCUCGCCACACCAGCCACCGCGCUGAGGAGCUUCUUCUUGGGAAUUUCGGAAUUCAUUGAAAAGCCUACAGAGGGUGAGUUUGAGGCGGACGCGUUGUUGCAACGCAUUAUGCAAUGUGGGCGAGAAAAGCAGCUCACGCAGGCAGCGGAGUCCUCCGCUCCCGAUGCGAUACCAGGGGAUAGGGACGCGAACGUGGCGCGAUCGACGCCCCUCCCAUCGAAUGAAACCUUCGCGAACGAGUGUGAGAAACAAUUUGCGAGGGAACCGACGACGCUGCUCAACGGUUUGGUGCUCUGGGCGCUGCGGGGGAGUUCGUUCUCGUACCUCUGUGCGGAUGUCGCGUUCGCGGGAAUCGGCGGCGGCGCUGCCGGCGACGGCGUUGUCAUUCCGUUUCAUGAUACCUCGUUCCGGAAGAAUCUGAUCAAAACCCUCGAAGGGCGGCUGAAAUGUUAUUUGGAAGGCAACACCGAGAUCACCCGUCAGAAGGUGGAGGCCUUUGUUCAGGAAAGCGAUCCCCUUUCCGCCGGCGAUGCGCGGGAUGAUUUGUUGGAUGUCCUAGGAGCCCUCCUCGCGUCGCGGCCCGUCCCGGAUUACGCGCAAUGGCUCAAAAACCAUUUUAGAGGGAAAUGUUCCCAGAUCAUUUAUACCCAGAUGCUCGUCUUCACCUUCACCGAGGCCCUUCCGGCGCCUUCGUUUUAUAGGGCGUGUUGGAAGAUCCUAAAACCGGAGCUCGACCCCGCGAGGUUGACGGAAAAAUACUCCACCGUGGCUGGCGCGUUAGCCAGGUGGGCCUUCACCGCCCUUCAGCUGCAGGGCCUUCAAAAAGGGGUGAUUUGUUUCCCGCCCUUCCCGGCUUUUGAUAUCGCGCUGGGGACGACGAGUCCGCUAUCCCAAGGCCUCACGCCGUGCUACAGCGCCUCGGGCUCGCAGCGGGACUUCCCUGAAUCGGUCGAGGGCUACAAAGCCAACGAAGACGUCCCCUCGCAAGCACAUCAGCUGUUGCCAAAUGUAUAUAGUGUUGGCGAUUCGAAAAAAGAUAGUGUACGGCGGCGGAGAAUCUGGUAUCGAUACAUCUACUCCGCGGAGGAGCGGCGGAACAAUGUCAUGACUGAAUAA